AUGUCAGAAACGACAUCUGUAAACAUUCCGGAGUUGGAAUCUCCCCCUAUCGAGAGGGUUGAGUUGGAAUCGAUGCUUGUAAUGAAUAUUGUCAAGCAUUGCCGUGAUUCCUUCCCAAAUGUAGGCACCAUAGGUCAACUUGUCGGUAUUGACAUUGACGGUGUUUUGCAAGUUAGUAGCAGCUUCGAAUCCCCUGCUGUCCUUGAAAACGAGGAAUCGGCUGUCAAUAAGUCUGUUUCAGGAAGAGCUCGUCAAGCUCAUACUGAAGCUACUUUGAACCGUAUGCAAUACUUGGGUGCUGUUACUGGUCACGUUGGUUGGUACCAAGGAACCUAUGUUGGGGCUUUCCUUAACAGCUCUUUCUUCGUUGACACCCAAUACGCCUAUCAAAAAGAGAAUCCUAACAGCGUUGCUCUCGUUUACGAUUUGUCUCAGUCUUCCAAUGGCUCUUUGGCUCUACGUGCAUUCCAACUUACCCCGGAGUUUAUGGCCGCUUACGAGGAAAAGACAUGGACUGCUACUUCCUUAAACAACCACCAUGUCUCACCUGCCAACAUUGUGCAUGAAUUACCCGUUGCCAUCCACAACUCACACUUGGCAACUUGUCUUCUCCACUCUCUUAGUGAGCCUUCUGAAACAUCAUCUUUGUUAUCAUCCGAGGCUGCUCUUGACUCCAUGGAACGCGAAUUGCCUUUGACUGAAACUUUCAGCAAUUUUGACUUGAACCUUGGAGCUCGCCACAAAAAGAAUAUUGAACACCUCUUGGAGUCUGUUGACGAAUUCCACUAUGAGCAAGGUAAUGUUGGUUUCCACCAACGCCAACUUGCUAGAGAGCAAGCCAAGAUUCAGCAAUGGUUGACUAAGAGAAAGGCUGAAAACACCACCCGUGCCGCUGAAAACAGACCUCUCUUGCCUUUGGACGAUUGGAAGCGCAUCUUUAAACUCCCAGCUGAACCCCGUCUUCUCGAUUCUUUGUUAAUAAGUGCUCAAAUUCGUCAACACUGCUCUCAAGUUGAUGAGCAAAGCUUGUCGUUUUUGUCUAAAUUAUCAGGCGCACGUAACGCUUAUACCUCUUAG